AUGGUAGGUGUGGGGGGGGGGGGGCGGCCAUUGGGUUGGGGGGGGGGGGGGGGGGGGGGGGGUGGGGGGUUGGGGAGGGGGAGGGAUGGGAGUGACGAGAGUGUGGGGGGGCGCGGGGGGGGGGGGGGGGGGGUGGGGGGACGGGGGGGGUGGGGGGUGGGGACCGAGCCGGGGGGGGGGGAGAACCCGAAAGGGGGGGGGGACUUGGGGGGGGGGGGGGGGGUGACGGGGGGGCUUGGAGGGGGGGCAGCAGAGAAAUACGUAAGGGAGGUGGGGGGGGGGGGGGUGGGCAGGAGGAAUCUGAAUGAAGCAGACAGCUGGGAGAUCAUUGAGGGGCUGAAGAUUGGCCAGAGCAAUGUCCUAAGACCUGAUAAACAUGAAGGUUUCAUGUUGAAGAAACGGAAAUGGCCACUGAAAGGCUGGCAUAAGCGUUUUUUUGUUUUGGACAAUGGUCUCCUGAAGUACUCCAAGUCUCCUCUUGAUAUCCAGAAAGGCAAACUCCAUGGCAGCAUUGACGUGGGUCUCUCUGUCAUGUCAAUUAAAAAGAGGAGUCGGCGCAUUGACCUGGACACAGAGGAGCACAUCUAUCACUUGAAGGUCAAAUCGCAAGACAUUUUUGAUGCCUGGGUGUCCAAGUUGCGUCACCACCGGCUUUACCGACAGAAUGAGAUAGUGAAAUCUCCUCGAGAGGCCACCAUGCGGACCUUUCCUCCCGCAACCGCCAUCGAGUCUACCCAAAAUGUUUCCCCUCUGGUACUUGAGGCUAAGCAGGCCAAACCCAGCAGCCUCCCGGCCUCCUACAGCAAUGGCCAGAGCAAGGUGGCCGUAUGGCUCCAGGAGUCGGAGGAGAUGGACAAGUGCGCCGAGGAACUCGCCCGAUGCCAGUCCAGCCUGACGGAUUUGAGUCAACUAUUACAAAGUUUGGAGAUACUGCAAAGAACCCAGUCAGCCCCUAAUUUCAGUGAAAUGCAGACCAAUUGUGUAGAAAUGUCUAAGAAAGAAAAGCGCUUGAACAGAAGAUGGAGAACAAAAAGUGUCGGCAAAGAUCCAAAAUUCCAGCUUCAGGUCCCUCUGUCUGCGAGUAUGUCCGCACUCCGCCUCCAUUCGUCCAACCCAAACCUGUGUGCGGAGCUCGUGGACGACCAGCCCCCGGCGUCGCAGCUCACCGACAGCGUGGACUUCACCAGUGACUACAUCAAACUACAGGAGGAGUUCUGCACCAUCGCACAGAAAGUCCACUCUCUUCUAAAGUCAUCCUUUAACACCGUGGCCAUAGAGAAGCAGAAGAUAAAGCAGAUUCUGUCCAACCAGGAGCAGACUGACCAGGCAGCACAGAUCACGUCUCUCAGGAAGUCGCUCUCACAGGCAGUGUCGCAGAACGCGGAGCUCCGAAGCCGUCUGAACCGCAUCCAUUCUGAAUCUGUCCUCUCCGACCAAGUUGUCAGCGUCAAUAUUAUCUCCACACCGGACGAGGCUGGAGAACAGAUGGGGAUCCCUCUGACUCAGCAGGAUUCCAACGAGAGUCGGCUGUCCAUGUCAGAGUCUGUUUCGGAGUUCUUCGAUGCCCAGGAAGUGCUUCUGUCAGCCAGCUCUUCCGAAAAUGAGGGCUCAGACGAUGAGUCAUAUGUGAGUGACGUGAGCGACAACAUAUCCGAGGACAACACCAGUGUCACCGACAACGUCUCCAGACAAAUGGCAAACGGGGACUUUGCUGGCAGUGCCUUUCGCAACGGGCGCCGCACCUGUCUGUCCGCUCCGUGCCCGGACACCAGCAACAUAAACCUGUGGAACAUCUUGAGGAACAAUAUCGGCAAAGACCUGUCCAAAGUGUCCAUGCCCGUGGAGCUGAACGAGCCGCUGAACACACUGCAGCGCAUGUGCGAGGAGCUGGAGUACAGUGAGCUCCUGGACAAGGCUGCAGAGACAGAGAACCCUUUCGAACGCAUGGUUUUAGUGGCUGCGUUUGCCGUCUCAGGCUACUCCUCCACUUACUACAGAGCAGGAAGUAAGCCAUUCAACCCGCUACUGGGAGAGACUUAUGAAUGUAUUCGAGAAGAUAAGGGCUUUUGUUUCUUCUCGGAACAGGUGAGCCACCAUCCUCCCGUCUCAGCGUGCCACUGCGAGUCCAAGAACUUUACAUUCUGGCAAGAUGUUAGAUGGAAAAACAAAUUUUGGGGAAAGUCCAUGGAAAUAUUACCUAUCGGGUCUGUGAAUCUAACAAUCCCAAGCUUUGGAGAUCACUAUGAGUGGAAUAAAGUCACGACCUGCGUACACAACAUUCUGAGUGGCCGGAGGUGGAUUGAACACUACGGAGAGAUCACCAUCCGAAACACAAAGAGCAGUGCCUGUCUUUGCAAACUCACUUUUGUCAAGGGAAACUACUGGAGUUCAAACGUGAAUGAGGUGCAGGGCUUUGUGAUGGAUCAAGAAGGAAAAGUCAUCCAUCGACUUUUUGGGAAGUGGCACGAAGGGCUUUACUGUGGAGUCCCACCUUCUGCCAAAUGCGUCUGGAGACCAGGCUCCAUGCCCACGGACUACGAGUUAUAUUACGGCUUCACUAGGUUUGCAAUCGAACUCAAUGAAUUAUGCCCCGAAUUGAAAGACGCCCUACCACGGACCGAUGCCAGAUUCAGACCAGAUCAAAGAUACUUGGAGGAAGCUAAUCUUGAGAUGGCAGCCUCAGAAAAACAGAGGAUAGAGGAUCUGCAGAGAGCAAGGCGGAAAUGGAAUGAGGAGAACAACAUCAGGCAGGAGCCACGCUUUUUCAAGAAAGUGGUCGACGUCCACCGCAGAGAACGCUGGGUGUCCAACAACACAUACUGGGAGCUGCGUAGGAAUCCUGGCUUUAUCAAUAUGGAGGAUACUGUACAUCUGUGGUAG